CUCUCACAGCGUCCGCAGCCUUCAGUUUGUCCUGUCCCUCCUCACCAACAUGAGGUACAAGUUCCCGCUCCUAGCCAUAGGCCUGGAGGUCACCAUGAUCAUUUUAUUUGCAAAAUUUGUUCGAUAUGAGACAGGGUCACCUGUACCUCAGCAGCAAAACACCACAAAAACGGACAGAUUCCUUCCAUUGUAUCCUCUAUUUCAAGAUGUGCAUGUGAUGAUAUUUGCCGGCUUUGGCUUUCUCAUGACCUUCCUGAAGAGAUAUGGCUUCAGUGGUGUGGGAUUCAACCUCCUGCUGGCUGCUCUCGGCCUCCAGUGGGGCUCUGUCGUACAGGGGCUGCUCCACAGCCAUGGCCAGGGAUUUGCCAUUGGAAUCCACAACAUGAUAAAUGCAGACUUCAGUACAGCCACAGUCCUGAUUUCUUUUGGAGCCGUCUUGGGAAAAACCAGCCCCAUCCAAAUGUUGAUCAUGACAAUUCUAGAAAUCGCUGUCUUCGCUGGCAAUGAGUAUCUGGUUGGUGAGAUAUUCAAGGCCUCCGAUAUUGGUGCAUCAAUGACAAUCCAUGCGUUUGGGGCUUACUUUGGCUUGGCUGUCGCUGGUAUCUUAUACCGACCCGGCCUGAAAAAGGGGCAUUGGAAUGAAGAAUCUGUGUAUCACUCAGACUUGUUUGCAAUGAUUGGGACUGUUUUCUUAUGGGUAUUUUGGCCAAGCUUCAACUCAGCCAUUGCUGAACCUGGAGAGGCGCAGUACAGGGCCAUCGUCAACACGUACUUCUCCCUCGCUGCCUGCGUGAUCACUGCCUAUGCUCUGUCCAGCCUGGUCCAGCACCGAGGCAAGCUUGACAUGGUGCACAUCCAGAAUGCCACGCUGGCCGGGGGCGUGGCAGUGGGCACCUGCGCAGACAUGGACAUCCAGCCGUACGUGUCCAUGAUCAUCGGGAGUACAGCGGGACUCGUCUCUGUGCUUGGAUACAAGUUCCUGACUCCGCUGCUUGCUAAGCUGAUGAUCCAAGAUACAUGCGGCGUCCACAAUCUGCACGGCUUACCGGGUGUGAUGGGCGGCCUGGCCAGUAUUGUGGCCAUAGCCAUGAACAUGUCCAGCAAGUCCUCGGUGGCCAUGCAGGCAGCCGCCCUGGGUUCUUCCAUUGGAACAGCGGUGGUUGGAGGUGUGAUGACAGGUUUAAUCCUAAGGAUACCUAUCUGGGACCAGGCACCUGAUCAAUACUGUUAUGAUGAUUCUGUUUACUGGGAGGUCCCUAAGCACAGAGAACUUGACAAUCGAUUCCCUGAGCCUGAGGACCACCGGCAGCAGAAACCUGAGGUCUAAAUCCCAUGCCUGUGCACCCACUUCCUUCACCACCAAGAGUCAAGUUUAAAUAAACAAAAAGGGCAGCAUCCGGAGGCAUGCAAGCCAUGGCGGAUACACGCAUGGUCUCAAAUAGCCAGCAGGAAAAAAGUGUCUUUAUAUCCUGUGCCAUUUCUUGACACUUGAAUAAUUUUUUCAGUACAGGGAUGUGAGUGGUUUCUAGAUGGUCAAAUGGUUCUUUUCCAGGACUUCAAGAGUAAUUUUGCCAGUGGGUAGUACAGAGUGAACAUCUGAUGCAUAUUCUCAAAAAUGACCCCCAAAUAGACAGAUUUACAUAGAAAACAGCGCCUCCUAAGUGCACCCGUGUUUUAAUGUAUACAUCAGGUCUUUAAUCCAAAGACUCUAAAAAUAAGUUUAUGAAACAAUGUAUGCAAGAAAACUAUGUAAGGAAAAUGAGAGAGAUGUAUAGAUACAAAGAAGGAAUAGCACUUUGGUUACCACUUUUUUAUUUUAAAACUAGUCAAGUUAGAAAUGUUAUACCUUUGCUUGAAUAUCCUCAUUCUGAAUUCCUUUUUGCAUACUUACUAUCUGCAAAAAUAGCACAAAUGCUACCUGACUAAACUCACUAAAGUCAUUUCAGGGUCAGGUGAUAAUGUCAAGCACAAAAAACAUUCUCUCUCUCUCUCUCUCUCUCUCUCUCUCACACACACACACACACACACACACACACAUACACACACACACACCACAAUGACGUGAGAAAAUGUUACAAGUCAUGGUGGCUUUAAAUUAAAACUACAAUAUCACAUCUGGAACAAGAGCUCAAGAAAAAGAAUUCCUUUAGACACUUUCUAAUGUUAUCCUGGAGGGGCUCUCUGGAAGGUAUUUUAACUACAUCUCACUCCAAACCUCACUCUCCAAGGAGAAGAGGUACAGCAAUGCUUUUGAUCACACGUAAGUUCUUUUUUUCCAGAACUGAUGAUGAGUUCCUGCAUUUACUCCUGUAAGGACUCAAGGAAUAUGGAGGGAUUCCACUGGCCCAGUGAUAAGGCUCUGUUGGCUGGCAUCACUCCUACACCAACUUUGUAUCCAGGCGUGGGGUUGGUUCUUCUCACCCUCAACCUAAGAGACUGCAUUGGACUCUAAGACAAGUAGCAAUAUUCCAGAUUUAGGAAAGUGGCCCAAUCUCAAAGGUCUUCCCCCUAUUUACUUCAGGAGUUACAACUUCUUGUCUGACUUCAUCAAGGAAACCUAUAUGGUGCAAUACUAUUUUCUUAAAACAAUUUUCAAGCUGUCAUUCUGCAUCAACCACCGGUGCUACCGUGUCCCCACAGCCGCCAUCCUCACCGCUGCUUGUGCUGAAAGCGCUUGCCCCUUAUUUUUUCUUGCCAUCUGUUUAUUACUUGCUAAACUUAGAGCUUUGCUCUUUGAAGGGAUUAUCUGACCUGAACUGUCUUUGAUUGCUUCCCAAGAUCACUCCCAAUUCUGCAUGUGGCAUUUCUUUCUAAAAUAAAUAAGAUCAGCUUCCUA